GGUAAAAGAAAUGAGCAAAAAUAUUUUUGUUUUAAUUUUUAUAAUGGAUUGUUUUGGAUCUGACAUAAACAAUAUGACUUCCUGUCUUGCGCAUAUCCUACCGACUCCGGCCUAAAGAAGAUUUUUUCUAAGAGGAAGGUUUCAUGUUUUCGAAAACUGCAUAAGUAUUUUUUACCCAACCACACCAGCAUAUUGAAUUGUGGAUGUAACCAUGGCUUCGGCUACUAUUGAGCAAAACUCUGGUAACCAUACCAAUUCUUCAGAUGCAAAAACAGGAGAUUCUACUGGAUGGAAAUCUAAGCUGAAUCUCCCACCAAAAGACUUGCGAGUCAGAACCAGUGAUGUAACAAACACCAAAGGAAAUGAGUUUGAGGACUUCUGUUUGAAGCGAGAACUUCUAAUGGGGAUUUUUGAGAAGGGAUGGGAAAAACCGUCUCCUAUUCAAGAGGCUAGCAUACCUAUUGCUCUAACAGGAAGGGAUGUAUUGGCUCGGGCGAAAAAUGGCACAGGAAAAACAGGAGCCUACACUAUUCCAAUUUUGGAGAAGGCAGACCCAAGUAGAGAUGAAGUUCAGUCUCUGGUCAUCGUGCCCACCCGAGAGCUGGCUCUCCAGACCAGCCAGAUCUGCAUUGAGAUCAGUAAACAUUUGGGGCUCAAAGUGAUGGUCACAACAGGAGGAACAAAUCUAAAGGACGAUAUAAUGCGACUCUAUGAACCAGUGCAUGUGAUUAUUGCAACUCCCGGUAGAAUAUUGGACCUGAUGAACAAGAAUCUAGUCAAAAUUGGUAAAUGUGGAAUGCUAGUUCUGGAUGAGGCUGAUAAACUGCUGUCUCAAGACUUCAAGGGGAUGCUGGAUCACAUCAUUGCCCACCUCCCCCCGGACCGCCAAAUCCUCCUGUAUUCCGCAACCUUCCCCCUGACUGUUGAACAAUUCAUGAGAAAACACUUGAAUAACCCAUACGAGAUCAACUUGAUGGACGAAUUGACUCUGAAGGGGGUCACACAGUAUUAUGCCUUUGUGCAGGAAAAACAAAAGGUCCACUGUCUCAAUACUCUAUUUUCAAAGUUGCAAAUCAACCAGUCGAUCAUCUUCUGUAACUCGACCCAGAGAGUGGAACUGCUUGCCAAGAAGAUAACCGAGCUCGGCUACUCCUGCUUCUACAUUCAUGCCAAGAUGAAUCAGCAGCACAGAAACAGGGUUUUCCAUGACUUCAGGCAGGGUCUCUGUAGGAAUCUGGUGUGUUCAGAUCUGUUUACCAGAGGAAUUGAUAUCCAGGCCGUAAACGUUGUCAUCAACUUUGAUUUCCCCAAGCAUGCCGAGACAUAUCUCCACAGAAUCGGUCGAUCAGGAAGAUUUGGACACCUGGGAGUAGCCAUCAAUCUCAUUACUUACGAUGACAGGUUUGCCUUACACAAAAUUGAAAGUGAAUUGGGAACAGAAAUAAAGCCUAUUCCAAAGAACAUCGACAAGUCUCUGUAUGUAGCUGAGUUCCACAUGAUGAAUGACCAUGAAGAGGGAGGGGACACGCACUCACAGCGCGGGGGUGGACACUAGAAUGCCCCGCCCCCAUCAUCAGCUCAUUGUUUCAUCAUUUUUUGUCACAACAUGCUGAAACCUCUUGUAUUCUAAUAAGAAAAACUUUCAAAUGAAAGCCUUGAAGAUCAACAUAUCAACCAAAUCAGCUGUCAAGGGAGAUCAGCGUGUAUUCUCAUUGUUAUCUCAUCUCAUCAUGAAAUGGCAUUAUUAAGAGACAGGAGUGUACCAAGGGGAAGUAACUAGUGCUGUAGUUAAUAUGUCUCUAGAUUUUGUAGACAUUGGAAACAAGAAUAAGAAAUGUUUAGUGACAUAAAAUUCAUUAAUUUGCAUAUUUUGGAAAAAACAAUUGUGUAAAUAGCAAGGGAGAGAACAAUUGUUGAUACUGAAUAGAAGAAUCCCAAUUUAAGCAAGCUGUCUAUGCUAUGUGAAGCACAAAUGAGAAAGAAGAAAAUGAAAUCAAGUUUGAAACCACAAAAAAAUGGUGCACUAAAUGGGAAAACUACAUCAAUGUUAUUUAAGGAUGCUUUGUGUGGAAACCAGAGUAGAAAAUGAGUCCCUUCACUUGAUGAAUCAGUUAAACUCUUCAGUUCAUUCAGCAGACUCUCCAAAAAGUAAUAUAUAUUCUUAAUGCAGAUAAAAACUGGAACAAUGGAAUCUGCAUCUGAAUAAGAUAUUUAUUGUGUUGAUCUCACAGAAAGUGGAAGCAUGUAUAUGUUUAAGCUCAGCGUCUCGGUACCCAUAAAUUUUGUAGUGAAAAAAUUUGAUACAGAAAUUCACAUUUGUUUGAAAAAAUUCAGUAUAGUGUCAAGUUACAGGCAAAAUUAGGAAUACACUGCUUUAUAUCAGAAAAAAAAUGCUGUGCUAAGUGAGAGUAUUAUGGAAGAAUAUAUGGUGGAAACCAUGAUUUACACUGCGAAAUGUGAUUUUCUGUAACAAAUUUGACAAUACCUCAGAAUAGCUGUAACAGAUAUAUGCUUCCUUACGAAACAUUUGUACAUUAUUUAUAUUCAUAGCUGUCUUUAUUGUGGUGUCACAAAGUGACCAUACAAGGAGAAACUCUCCCCAAAUCAAAAGCAGCCUGAGCCUCUUCAUCUGAACAGAACUCCCCUCCAUUGUGGGGCUUAUUCUCUCCAGCAAAAUCAGACUUCUUGUACAUAAACUAAGCCCAGUUCCUGGUGAGCUGGGUCCGACACUGGAUCACCGUUGAUAAAGUGCUUAUGCGAAUGUAACUUGACUGGUCGAGGUUGUAUGUGUGAGCUAGUCAAAUUUUGUAUCUGAAAUCCACUGUCACCACUAUAUAUUCAAAUGAUGUAUCUUGUUAGGGAUGUGCAAUUUUGUUUUCACUGUGAGAGUAUGUUCCUGCAGCAAGAUGUCAAUGAGAACUUUCCUGCAUGGGAGUUCUAAAUUUAAAAAAUGAAAUAAGACAAUUGAAUAGAUAGGUGAAGACUGAAGAAGAACUAUGCAAACUGAUGAAAAGAGCCUGGUUUUGAGUCUCACUGACAGCUUGCUGUAUGGACGUACUUCAUUGAACCAAAUAGUGGUGUGUACAUGUUACCAUAUGUGAAGCCUUCCUUUGGGCUGCCAGUCAGACGGCUUGUAUGUCCGAACCUUGUUUUGACUGGAUUUGUCUUUUGUACAGAAAGAGGAAGAAGUGCUAGUUAAGAACCACAGAAAGUACCAUUUUUUUUCUCUGUCAGAUGAUCUCAGGGGUUAACUGUUAGUUGUCUACGAGCAUAUGUGUGUGUGUGUGUGUGUGUCUGAGUGAACGUGCAAGUGUGAUCAUUUGUGCCUUAAUUAAAUCUUUCUCUGCAGGAUAGGAAAAAAGCACUUGCAGUCAAACUUGGCUUGUGACAUGAGCUGGAUCAAGCCAGGAAAAGAGAAGCGUGCUCAGAUAGAAAAUUUGACCCGUUUGUACACACUGAUUUUUUACAGUAAGAGGACUGCUCCUUUUUCUGUGAAUAUACAUACAUGCAUAGUGAAGAUGACAAGUGCAGAGAAUUUAGCAACAAAUUUAUUUGAAGGUGUUUAUCAAUUCUUAAACUGUGUUUUACACGAAUGAAGAGAAUGGAAAAUACAAAGGCUUCAACAAAAUAGGAAGAAAAAGACUUCCGAGUUAUUUUGUGUCGUCCACGGAGAGCCACACCUUUGUGAGAUUGUGUUCCAGAGACAAACUUCCGUUGUGACCUCUAGUGACCUCUAGCACCAGAUAGUGACUGGUCCCAUACAGGCAGCUUUCAUAUAAUGCCAGAGAUUUCAGUCUCCCCCCAACAGAAGUUUCUCAACACUGAAGGGCUAACACAGCUUAUAGCAGCACCUUUCAGAUGGACAAAGUCUUUUUUGCCAAAAAAACUUUUUUUCGUUUAUUGUGCUAUGUUGAGUUGUUUCCUUUGUGUAUUUGUUAAAGUGUUUGUGAUGAUGUGCUAAUGUUUGGGAGGGGGAGUCCUAUUAGGUAAAGAUUCUAAAAAUGUGAAGAAAUUGGGCAAAGUUGAUUCAAUUUUUUUUUUUCAAAAUAAUUUUAACUGGGGUAUAUUUUGAUAAACAUGUUUUGGAUUAUUUUUUUUUUCUCAGAACAGGAAGAAAAGUAAUGUGUCAACGUGGAACCCUUAUGGUUCCUGCUGCAGAUUGAACUAAGAUGAGAAUGUUGCAGCUACGCUACAUUCCUAAAAUUUUACUGACCAACUUUCUUAUUUCACCGUUGUCGAGGAAAACAUUGCAAUAUUUUUGUGUUUAGAGGUUUGCUGACCAUUUUAAAUAUUUGAUUGAGUUGUAAGACUAGAGACCGCGUUAUCAAUCCAAGAGACAGUGCUUGCGUCCGCAGGGUUCUUGUUAUUAAUUAUGGUUUUGACAGAUAUUUUUUAUGCAGAUGAAAUGUUGACAAACAAGAAUACUGGCGGUAAGGGAAUUUUUUUUUUCUCGUGGGAUUUUUGCAAGAAAGAAGCUUAAGAUAAAUUGUAAUGAUGUAGGAAUGACAAGUCAAGGUCUCAGGAACUUUUACCAGUUCAUUUAAUCUUCAAAAAGUGGGACUUGCUGUGAAAUGUAGGAGGGCACAAUUUGGAACUGAGCAAAUUUUGGAGUUUGUUACAAAAUUUUAGGGUCUGGGAUUUUGGAUGGGGAUGGGAUAUGUUAAAUUGGAUUUAAUUGUUUCUAAGUAAUUGAGUAAAUUUUAGAAGUAACUUUGUAAGUUGCAAUUGAAAGAAAUGUGUUAAAUGGUCCCACCUUGCUCAGAUGUGCUCUCCAAAAUAAUGAUGGGGCAGAACUGUGAAUUGUUGAAUUUUAUCCAUUGUUCAGCUAUUUUUCUUUUUUGACAAACUGAUGUUCGCCAUGACUAGAUUCAGAGUAGUAAUGUUUCAACAUGCUUCUAAUCUCAACUUCUCAGGCCUUCCCAGCUAAGCUCAGAAAUUGUCACCCCAACUGAAUCACUUCUCAAUAGUAAGAAGUACUGGUUAGGCAGAGUUUAAUGUCUACUCUGUAGUUUACUUUAUGUAUUACAACAGCAUCUACACGUGACUGAUACAGCAUUUCCCGUCUUAAGGUAGUCCAUCCUUAACUAAGGCAUAUUUAGCAAUUUUGAUUGAUCUAUACUACACCAAAUACGUAUUUUAAAAUUGUCAUGAGGCUGACAUAAACCAAACUCGAGAGUAUGUAUAUAUUCAAUUAAAUGAACUUAUAAAGAGUAGCGUGCCCAUUAGGGAAAAAUUUAUUUCUGAAAGUAUGUAUGGCAAAUUAUGAAUUAUUUUAGCAUAUUCGAAGAAAGGGAAAGCUUUUGCAUGCAUCUUUUUAACAAGAGAAAUGUGAGAAAGUUACUUGUACUAAAAAUUAAUUUAAAAAUGAAUUUUUCCCCAUAGACCUCAAUGUUAACUUAAACAUAUGAUAGAUUUGUUAAAAUUCAUUUUUCCCCUUAAUUUCAAAGGUGAAUCUAUUAUUUAAUAAACCCCUUAUAAAUCGCACUAAGGUUUUGUUGACCAAGCUUGUAAUUUAUUUUAUAUGGAAUAUAAUAUUUAUGGAUGGAUUACCUUAAGAAACAUUCUUCAUUGAUGCCCUCUUUAUACUACCGAUGAAGUUUAAACGGAAAGGCCCGAGAAGUUAAGAUUCGACAUGGCCCAUUUCAAAUACAAAUUCUGAAAUCGUUGUCAUUCGAAAAUUUUGAAAUUGCUAAAUAUUCAAAAAUGAAAUCUAAAAUCUG